GCAUUACCAUCGACACCUCACGUGGUGUGGGAACAACAUGGCGGCUUGCCGAGAUGUUUUUGGCCAGAAUCAACGCCCUUGCAGAAAAAAGCCAACCAAAACUACCUUCAGACAAACACGGCUGAAUUUGUGCUAUAUGCAGUAUAUCGAUCAAUACAUAGGUAAUGGAGUGUUUGCUAGGCAAGAGCUCUUGAAGGGGCAGUUUAUCCUCGAGUACAGAGGAGAACUAUGUAAACAGCAGUCUGAUGGUGAUGAAAUGUUCAAAUACCAUUUCAGACAUAACAACAAGGAAUACUGCAUCGAUGCCUCAAAAGACACGUGUCUGGCACGCAUGGUCAACGACUUGGACCGAUACACAAAGCCUAAUUGCAAAAUGGUUAAAGUUGUUGAUGACAGACAUCAACCAAGACUCUGUCUGUAUGCAACUGAAAUGAUCAGCAAAGACACUGAAUUGAGGUACGAUUAUGGUGUUGCUGAUGUACCUUGGAGAAAGCGAAAGAUGCUGUUAAAGAUGGUCAUACAGCUGCAGAUACUACAGAGGUCACAGAAACAUCUGAAGAUGCCCUCAGUGAAUCAGCAGAAGUCUUGGAACAUGCUUAUCAUGAUGCUGUGGAAAUCAGAGGGAUAGUUUACCAUCCACAGUUGUCUCUGAACAUGCUGAAGGGCCGCCUCAAGCAAUGUUCAAGAUUUGACCCAGGAGCAGCUACAGGAUAUGGUUGAUCAGAGUGAGAGGCAUCUGCGGAAAAUAUUUGGAGGAUAUAUUCUCUGCGAGAGACAUAUUGCAUUCAAGCAGGAAGGAAGAAGCAAAAAUGCUGUUAAGACGAUUAUACAGUUGCAGAAACAACAGAGAUCUCGGAACCAUCUCAAGAUGCUCUUGGUGCAUCAACAGAAGAUCAGAAGUGGACCAUGCUUAUCUUGGUAAACUGCAGGCUUAAUUGAGCAUUUUAUCUGUAAAUAGAUGCUACAGGGAACAAUGGUACAGUUGCCCCAUCCACUGUCAUCUCUGAACAUGCUGAAGGGCUGCCUGAAGCCAGGAACUUUCAGCGUUUAACAGAGGAGCAAGGCCAACUCCUAAGAAAAUGUCGAAGUGUUCAACAUUACUAUGAGACGGGAACUGAAGAUGAUAGACUGUAUUAAUUCAAUCAAAAGCCACAAGUGUUUGAAUUCUCUGAAGUGGAAUUAAAUAAAAAGCACAUUACACAGUUGGAUAACGACAGAUUGCACACUGAAACAAUAAUAAGUGUUCAAAGUGCUAGUACAUCUUGUACAUAGUGUCAAGGUGUCCAAGCAUGUCUCUGUAAGCCAAUGGUUCACUGCAUAUGAGGUUAUUUUAUAUCUUACAGUGGAUUGCAGCAAAAGGCCAGAGGAAAAUAUGUUUUGAUACUCAUCCGUAUUUUGAAGAAGAAAAAUGGGGCUGAAUGGCAUGUUUAUUUUUUUUUAUUUGACGGGCGGGCUGGGAUGAGAAUCUAAAAUAUUUUUUCUCUGGCUUAAGGCUUUAUUCUUAGUAUGUAUCUAUUAUGUCAUCAUGAUGAAGUCAUCGUUACUAUUCUACAUUGUUAAAAAUUAGAUUCAAUCAUUUUUAGAUUUCCGGAGGUUUUGAAGAGCAUAUUUUUAACAGCCAAUGGGAUCAUAAGCACAUUUCGAGUGUUACAUGACCCAGCCUUUUUAUCAAAAGUUGCUCAGAGUUCAUUUUUGUGUGUCAGAGUAAUAGGCCUUGGAAACUUCAAAAUGGCUGAAAAGGCUUGUCCAAGCACUUUAUUUUCGCUUGCACUGUUUAUCAUCUAGGUUAAUAAAUAUAAUUUCAGUUGAUUUGCAGAAAGUUUACCAGGAUAAGAAUUUGUCGAUUGUUUCUAUACAAUAAUAAUUUCAAUAAAUUAACUUUAUUUUCAAACAGUUUUGACACAAUGACCACAAUGAAUUUAUAUUUUGUCACAACUAAAACUGGGACCAAGGUCUACUGCAUUGUAAAUGAAAAAUAGAAUUUAACAAAAUGGGUAUGUCAUGUACAACACUGAUACAAUGUUCUCAGUAGUGGUGACAUUAUGUCAUAAUAAUUUUUGUCACAAAUAGAUUUUUAGAGUUGCCGAUUGUUUUAUUCAAACAGUAAUUUCUCAUUUGAAUUUUAUGGAGAAGUGUAUUUUAUACACAUUCACAGUUAAUGUGUAAUUUCAUGGUGUCAGUCAUUGGUUUGCAGUUCAUGUUACUUUGUAGUUUCUCACUUGUAUUUUGUGACAUAUUCUUGACAUGUAAAGAUGGCAAAUGUAUGUGAUGAAUGUGAGAGAUUAACAUUGUUCAUUGCACAAUGUAUUCACAUAUGUGCUUGUUAACCUCGUUCACUAUUUUAUUUCCCUCUGCAUGUAACCAAAAAUGACUUGUAUAUAAAAUGUCCAUGAUUUAUUUAAAAUUCCAUAAUCAUGGCAACUCGACUCAGUCUCUGCAAUAUUCAAGUGUAGAUCAAGGGGCAAUCCCCUGGCAUUAUUAAUUAUUAAAAUAUUUAAUUUUACUCGUUUUAAUCUUCGAAAAAAGGUGAGGGCUCGCUCCACGGCGCUUCUUGUUUGUUUGUUUUUAGAUUAUUUUUGCUCUGAAGCAAAAUGAUGACCCCCAAUUCUUUUGCUUAUAUUUUUUAAUGAAAUGUAUAAAAUACAUGUACUUCAACGUGAAAUAAAUUUGCCUUAAAAGGA